AUGCGCCUCCUCGACGUUGGUAGCCUCCAAAUCCAUCAAUUCCAGGCAAAUCCGCCCCCAUACGCCAUACUCUCACACGUCUGGAGCUCCGAUGAAGUCACUUUCCAAGACCUCAGCCAGGCAGGCUGCACUCAAAAGAAUGGCUUCAAAAAGAUAUCCAGCUUCUGCUGGACCUUGACGCAAAACUUACCUCGUGUAACGUACGCAUGGGUUGAUACAUGUUGCAUCGACAAAACUAGCAGUUCUGAAUUAUCAGAAGCCAUAAACUCCAUGUGCGCGUGGUAUCGCGGCGCCGUUACCUGUUACGCCCAUCUCGCUGACGUGAAACUCAACAACAGACAAAGCUUAGGGAGUGACUUUGAAAAGUCCACCUGGUUCACGCGCGGCUGGACGCUUCAGGAACUCCUGGCUCCCGUGGAAGUUGAGUUUUACGACAAGAACUGGAAGUUUAUUGGUACAAGAUUGACUCUGGCCAAGCGAAUUGCAAGCAUAACUGGAAUUGAUGAAGACGUCCUCGUCACAGGCAACUGGACCAACUUAUCCGCGGCACAUAAAAUGUCAUGGGCUGCAAAGCGUCGGACCACUCGACCAGAGGACAUGGCCUACUGUUUGUUGGGCAUCUUCGACGUUAACAUGCCAAUGCUAUAUGGCGAAGGCGAGCGAGCCUUCACUCGGCUGCAGGAAGAAAUUCUCCGAGAGUACGAUGAUCUCUCGCUGCUGGCGUGGGACGCAUCAGACGUGCCUGCAUCUGAGGACAUUGUAGGCGUACUUGCCUCUCAUCCACGGUUCUUCCAGUCCUGUGCGGGUAUCACGUCUUAUCCGAGUGAGGGCAAGCCAUUUGCAAUCACGAAUAGGGGAUUACAAGUGAGCCUUCCAAUUUUUGAAGGACCUCUGCUGGGGGCAGCUUUACCAUGCGCGCCGAAAGGAAAUUUUGCGUCAUCUAUCAUGAUAUGUGUGGUGAGGGAUGCCGUGGUCCCAAAUAAGUACAGUCGGCAUCGGUCUGUGACUUGGGAAUUUCUUAUGGCCGAACCUGAAGGUCUCAGAAAAGUAGAGCGGGAUAUACUACUCGUGAAGAGAAGCAUUUUUGGAAUACAACAAUUCGCCAGGUGUUGGGUACGGUACUCCGGGCCGCUGCGACUUCUUGCAGUGUAUUCAGUUGAAAAAUGGCAAUUCAACGGUGCUGGCAAUUGGACAAUGAUUAUUCCAAAACCAUCGACAGGCCAUCCGGUAGUGUCCGUAUUUGCAUUCCAGCAAGUGGUGCAUAAAAGGCACUUGGCUGCCAUUAUAUGGGUUGAUGCGAGAACCGGCUUGCCAAAGAUUAAUGUUGUUGGCAUAUCCGAUGUGCGCUCUGAUGUGCCCUUUAAUGAUGUACAGGUCCAAGACCAGUUGAAGAAGCUGGCGGCUGUGCAAACUGAUUAUUUAGACAAGUCUACCAAUGACUUUAGGUUGCAGGGGAUGCGUGUCCGGGCUCAAUUAUCUCGUGAGAUUAUUCGAGGCAGUUGGACUACCAUGGUCAAUUUGAUCUGCUCGUGA